CCGGUAGUGAUUUCUUGGCGAGAGAAGAAAGUGUUUAGUGAGAUUUAAGUCAGCAUUUACUUCGCGUUAUCAAGAAAAGUAGGGAUGAAAUUUAAUAAAGUGAGCAUGUUCCUGUUGGUGGUGGUGGUCUAUUGUGUCCUGCUAGGGGCAGCCCCGGUCACUGCCAACCCCGUCCCGGGCAAGGGCGCCCCCAAGACGUCCCUCAAGUCGAACACCAAGAAGCAGGACGCACCAAGGCAUUCGCUCGGAACCGGGGCGCGAACGGCACUGGUGGGCGGGGGCGUAGCCGGAGGCGUCCUUACGUCACUCUUCUAAGGGACUAUCCCCUCCCCCCACUUCCCCUUUUCCAAGCCGAGGGAAAACAAAAGCUCUCGUCAUUUAAAUUAUUUUAAAUUUGCCCAAGCAAAACAAUGCGCUCGGAGUGCAUCGACAAUUUGUCAUCGGGGAGGGGGGUAAAGGCAAGUCAAAGCACACACAAACACACACACGCGGCAGGUGGAGGGAACAAUGAUGGACAUGAAUAAAAACAAUAACGACCUCCAGCCGAGG